UAAAUAGUACUGUUAUUGUAACUAACGCCAUUUCCCCAAAGUCAAAAACCUCCAAAAACUUAGCUAUGGCGGACACCACAACAACAAUCUCCGGCGACUCUAUUCCGAUUCCCGAUGACCAGCAAAACAAUUCCACGAACCCACUUGCAUCAUUUAUCUCUAGUGUUCUUCAGUUCUUCAAACCGCCGCCGCCAUCUAGUAAGAAGAUUGAACCCACCGCUGCUACUUCAGACCUCAAACCAAUUGCUUCAGCUGAAAAAGAGGAGAAAGCUGCUGUAGUGAAGUUUCCACGACAGGAUUUGCCUUCGUUGAAGCUCGAAACAGAAGGGGCUGAACCUAAUACAAACCCCAUUGUCUUGUGGCAGGUUUAUGCUAUUGGAGGGUUCUUUGUCUUAAGGUGGGCAUGGUCAAGAUGGAAUGAGCGUCGUGGAAACAGGAAGCCAUCUGAUGAAGAACCUCCUCCCGGUCAAGAGUAGACUUUGUACUGCAACAUGUUAGACAAGAGAAAACAAAGAAUGACACUUGUGGAGACAGGUUUAUGACUUCAUAUGAGUCUUGUAAAGUGUUGAAGUCACAGUUCUGGUUUUACAAUACUAAAUGUAAAAACCCGGAUCAAGCUUUACGUCAA